GUCAGUGCUGAACGCAGUGUACGGGGUUCCACCAAUGUUCCCAGUCGAUCAGUCAGCUAGCGAUUGAGCGAACGAGAGCGCGUAUUUUUUCUACUCUCUGCGCAGUGGAAUUUGUGUCCCUCUUUAGGUGCAACCGCUAACAGGUCUCCCCCAGGCGGACGAACGAAAAGUCAGUGCGGAACGGCGGACAGGGAAAAGAACCAACUUUGUUCAAAAGACACACCUGUUUCUGUGUGUAUAUCUUUUAUUUUUCUACUAAUUUGUGCUCCACAACGACUUACUAUUCGGGCAGGAAAGUGUGAAGUGAAAAUGCAUAUUUAAUCGGAGUAAUUAAGUCCGCACCGAUAGUCGCCGAAUCAAGUGGCAGCUCCCAAGUUGAGUUAUUUUGAAAGUGACAAAAAGCGAUAAAUGCGUGCGUGUACGACCGAAAGUGCGCUUCAAAAAUAGAACCCCGCCGGGCGUUGUGUGUAUCGAACCUUUCGUACGACUAUCACGGUGGUGACCUGCGGAACCCAGCGAGAGGGUGGAUUGGUCUGAGCCAAACGAGACGAAAGUUUCGAGAGAGAGAGCGUGUGUGUUACACGCGCACAAAGGAAGUGUCACGCAUCUUGGGUGACGCCUUGGGACAGAGGGCGCGCGUCUGGUUCGCAAGUCGUUGUGGCGAUUGUGAAUUGAGGAGAAAGUUUUGUGUGGUAGCCCCAUCAGCCCCAUUCAUAUGUAACAACAUCUAAGCGCGCCGGUGGUUUCUAAGGAAUUUCACGUUUCGUGCCCGUUGUUUUAUAUUUGUGUGUGAGUGUAUCAAUCGCAGCAGAUCUCCGAGUGCAAAAGCCAUGAUGACGGAAACGGUGGUAACGGUUGAUCAACCACAGGUCGCUCCUGCCUCGAACGGAGCCCAACAGCCACAUGCCAAGCCGGAUAAUAGCCUCAACUGGAUCAAGUUCAACGUGCAGUACUUCCAGUCCAUCCCGGGCAUCCUGAAGCUGGUACAAUUGAUACUGGGCAUCAUCUGCAUGGCCUGUGCGUCCCCCGCCCUAAUCGGUGCCACCCACUGGUUCCUGUUUGUCGUCAUCACCUCGUUCAUCGCCACCGUCCUCUGGAGCUUCGUCUAUCUGCUCGGCAUUCGGGAGGUGCUAAAUCUGCCAAUCAACUGGAUUCUGACGGAGCUGCUCAACACUGGCAUUGCGACGUUCCUCUACUUCAUCGCGUUCGUAGUGCAGCUGGCGGCGUGGUCCAACCUUUCCGGCCACGGAAGGUCUUCGAACAUUGCUGGAGGAGUUUUCGGUCUGUUCAACUUUUUGGUGUACGCGGCUGGAACCUACUUCCUCUACGUGGAGCAUAAGUCGAGUAGCGUAUAAUCAUUGGUCAAAUGAGGUCCCAGAAGCAAAACAAAAGAAAACCGAUGCAGAGUACACAACAGAUAUGAUGUGUUCGAAUAUAAUCCGACCAAAUGAAAAGUUGACUAAUUGAUUUCCAGAGGAAACCAUUCUCUCGAAUAAGUAUGGUAGAAGAAAAAAACCAACUUCCAGUGAAAAAACGCAUUUCGGACUUAAACGAAAACAGUCGCAUUUGUAGUAUCUUUAGAGGCUUCAAACAUUUCUUCCCGCUUUUGUUUUUGUUAUUAAUCAUUACGUACUUUUUUGUUAUACCGAUUGUAGGUUUGAACAAUUCAGCGCCUGUAAUUAACACUCGAAUAUUCGCGCGCACUCAAAGACAACUGAAAGCCAAAAGAAAAACAGAAGAUAUUUAUCCAUUGACAUCUCCCAAUAAGCAAAAAAAUAAAAAAAAAACCUUUGAUAGCGAACAAUAAUGACCAACUAAUAACAGUUCGAAGCACAAACAAAUCAAAAGAAAAAAGAACGAAACAAAAUGCCAUUAAUUUACUUACCGAAGAUUACUUUCAGUUGAUUUUAAAAUGAAAAACAAAUUGGAAUUCGAUGAAUUUUAGGUAUAAGAAGACGAGAGAGGCGAAUAACGGUUUCGAAUAUUUUCGAAUGUAAUUUGAUAACAAUCCAACAAACGUAAUCAAUCGAAGUGGAAGAGGGUAGGAAAACCACGUUACACGCUAGUUUUAACGGAAAUAAAAUAUUGUUUAUGUUGCCAAUAA